AUGGUUGAAGCUCUUUCUCGUGAUUCUUCUGGUGUUGUUCAAUCCAACUUCUCUUUGAUUACUCCUACUUCUGGUGUCUUCCAGGGAUCUCUGCAAACUUGCCUUUUGACAAUGCGAGGAGGAUCCAGUUCAACACAUACUGCCUCUGUUUCUUCUAAUAAGCGUCCACCUCGACCUCCACCUAAUGCAAGUUCAGAUGGAGGUGCAAAUUCAGAUGGAGGUGCAAGUGCUGCUAAAGAUGCUAGUGUUGCUGGAGAUGCUAGUGCAGAUGGAGAUGCAACUGAAGCUGUCAUAAAAGUGACAGAAACACAUAGCAAUAAGCGUAAAACCCCUGAAGAUGCAACUGAAGAUGACACAGAAGUGAGUCAAGUGACAGAACCAAAAGGAAAGAAACGUUCUGAUGUGUGGAACCACUUUGAUAUGGACCCCAAGCCUUCGAAAUAUGCAAAAUGUCGCCACUGUAAGACAAAGAUUGCAGCUCAGGGUACCAAGUAUGGGACAGGUUACCAUUACAACCUCCUGUGA